AUGAAAUCUAGGGAUACCACAUUUUGGAAGGAGGCUAUUGAUGAUGAAAUGGAGUCCAUUAUGUUUAAUAACACAUGGAUUCUUGUAGAUUUACCUUCCGGUUCUAAAUCCAUAGGAUGUAAAUGGAUCUUUAAGAAAAAGAUGAAAUCUGAUGGAUCCAUUGACAAAUAUAAGGCUAGAUUAGUAGCCAAAGGGUUUAGACAAUCAAAGGGCAUUGAUUAUUUUGAUACAUAUGCUCCUGUGGCUAGGAUUUCUUCAAUAAGAACUUUGAUAUCUUUGGCUUCCAUAUAUAACCUUGAAAUCCAUCAAAUGGAUGUGAAAACAGCAUUCUUAAAUGGUUAUUUGGAUGAAGAGGAGCACCUAGAAGAACUCUACCUAUGUGAGUGUAAAGUCAGGCCACUUUUGUCGGGGCUUGGAAUCGAAGAUAUUGAAGUUAAUGGACUUGUUCAAAUGGUGAAGGGAGAAGCUGAUAGCAAAGUAGCUGCUGCUCUCUCCUGCUACCAUUAA